AUGUCCACUCCGCCCACGAUCCCUAAGGUCGACCUUCCCAAGGUCCCAGACCCAAAUGUCGACCCCGCCGGCUAUCUGCGAAGCAUUGACGCGGUGCGCGAGCGCUGCAAGCUGGUCCUGGAGUGCGCGAAGCGCAAUGAACUCGAGCAUUUCAACGUCGAUAUGAGCCGCUUCCAGGACACUACGAAGUUUGUGGUUUCGGUUAUCAAGCGCGAUUUCGCUCCCGACUACUCCUCCAUCCCGCCUCACGGCCGCUGGCAGCACUUCAACGUGGGCGGCCAGGACCGGAUUGCAGCCCUGCUCUCCAGCUGGGGCAAUGCAGUCGACAACCCCGAACGCUGCCGUCGCCUUCUCGAUCUCUUCCUCGUCUCGGUCCUCCUCGAUGCGGGUGCCGGAACUUCUUGGACUUACAAGAGCACGGAGAAUGGACGGAUAUAUAGGCGCAGUGAGGGCUUGGCGGUUGCGAGUUUCGAGAUGUUCAAGAGCGGAUUGUUCAGUAGCAACGAGAGCCAGCCGCACCAGGUGGAUGCUGACGGGUUGAGACGGUUGACGGUGGAGAAGAUGGGGGAGGGUCUGCAGGUUACGGCAGAGAAUCCCAUUGCUGGACUUGAAGGUCGGACGGGACUGUUGAUUAGGUUGGCAGACGCCUUGAAUAAUACGCAGCUCUUCGGUGCGGAUGCUAGACCUGGCAAUAUGCUUGACUAUCUCCUCUCCCACCCCAAAACCCUCGCGUCCUCCAUUCCCAUUGUUCCUCUCCCCAUCCUCUGGUCCGUUUUGAUGGAUGGCCUCGGUCCGAUCUGGCCUGCCUCCCGCACCAGCAUAGACAACACGUCGCUCGGUGAUGCCUGGCCCCUAACCACCCUCACCAAGUCCCUCUCGCCACUCUCACAGCCAUGGGAGACCAUCGUCCCCUUCCACAAACUCACCCAGUGGCUCUGCUAUUCUCUCAUGCAACCCAUGUCCAAACUCAUGCAGAUCCACUUCGCCGGCGCGGAACUGAUGACGGGUCUCCCAGAAUACAGAAAUGGCGGCUUGUUCAUCGAUACGGGUGUCUUGACGCUGAAGAAGGAUGACGAGGCGAGAGGAUUGGAGGAGUUCCACCGCAAUGCGGUGAGGGAGGGGAAGAAAGGUGUAGAGGUUGUCCCGAUGUUUACGCCUGAUGAUGAUGUGGUCGUUGAGUGGAGAGCGGUCACAGUAGGGUUUCUGGAUCUGCUGUUGGAGGAGGUCAAUGCGUCACUGGCGCUGCAAGGGAAUGAGAAGUUGACUCUACCGCAGAUGUUGGAGGCGGGUAGCUGGAAGGGAGGUCGAGAAAUGGCCGAGAUCUCCCGUCCAAACACCCAAUGCCCUCCAAUCGCCAUCCUCUCCGACGGCACAGUCUUUUAA